ACUCCACAGCAGACGGUGGCGAUAAUGCAUCGACUCUUUGUUUUAUCAUCCCGCAGCGUCAUCAAACGACAGAAGAAGAAAAACCAACGAAGAAGAGAAGAGUACGCAGAACGUUGUCUGAAUUAAUUCCAGCAGGAUUUCACCUUUUUAAAGCAAGUUUAGCACCAUGUCGAAAAGGAAAGUUACAUUUGAAGACGGGAACGGGGAGCUCGACCUGGAAGACGACCCCCCGAAUAAAAAGAGUUGUGAGGUUGUCAGUGGUCCAGGCUCCAGGUUCAAGGGAAAACAUUCCCUUGAUAGUGAUGAAGAAGACGAAGGGGAGGACAAAAGCAGCAGCAAAUAUGAUAUGUUGGCCAGCGAUGAUGUGGAAGGACAAGAGGUUGCAACAAUCGACUAUGAUGAGGGUGUUUCUAUCACACCUUUCAAUCUGGAUGAAGAGAUGCAGGAAGGACACUUUGACUCUGAAGGAAAUUAUUUCAUCAAAAAGGAACAACAGAUUAGAGACAACUGGCUUGAUAACAUUGACUGGGUAAAAAUUAAAGAACAACCUUUCAAACAAAAGAAGAAGGGUCUUGGAGCUAAACGGGCCCGCAGAGCUGGUGAUGAGGAUGAGGCAGAGGAAGAAAAAAAGAGAGAAGAGCAGCAGGCGGACCAAGAAAACGAAGAGGAAGAGGAGGAGCCAGAGCCUCCUGAGGAUCCUCUUGCAUCCUUCACAAAGCAGCAGCUCAUUGAAGCAGUAGUUGAACUGCUGCUACCUGGGGAGACGGUUGCCACAGCGCUUCGACGGCUAGGAGGCCUCGGAGGACAGAAAAAAGGAAAACUCAAAGGAGACAGUGAACCCACAGACAAAACAAAAAGGGAUACAGAAAAGCUUGAUCGUCUCACAGCACUCGCUGACAGACUGGUUGGAGCCGGGAUUUUUGAAAUCUAUCAUCAUACUUAUGAAAAACUGGCUUACAUGAUGAAGAACCCAACCGUGAGACAGAAACCUGUCGGUGGGGGUGAUGAAGAAGAAGAUGAACUUGACAUGUUCGCAGACAAGUUCGAUGAGACGCAUGGUGCCAGAUCAGAGGAUAAAGAUGAAGAGGAAAAUACAGCAAGUGACGAAGUGAUGUGGGAGUACAAAUGGGCCAAUGAUGACAAAUCAGAAAUAUACGGGCCCUUCACCAGUCAACAGAUGCAGGACUGGGUGGAUGAUGGCUAUUUCAGCACUGGGGUUUACUGCAGGAGGGUGGACCAGGAGGGAUCUCAGUUCUACAACUCCAAGAGACUAGACUUUGAGCUCUAUACAUGAUUUCUGCUCAUAUGUAAAGUCAUGAUCAGUGUUGGUGUGUUUUACCUCUGUCUUUACAUGUAGGGUUUGAAUGGCAAAUCUACCAUUUUAACAGGGACUUUGUUUUCUGUAGGUUGUUUUUAAAUAAAUAAGUGGAUUGGUUGCUAUCAA